CCCCCGCUGAAUAAGAGCGAGAGAGAAAGAGAGGUUAACACAGACAUUGUGCUUUGAUAGAGACAGAAAGGCUUUCAUAAACUCAGUAGCUCAGAAAGUUCUCUUUAUCGCGGUUCUAUUUUAUCGUUAUCAAAUGAAAACACGGCACGUUCAUCAUUGCCAGUUCAGUGGAAUAUUAAAAUCGGACAAGUUGGUAAGGAAUAGUCCAUUCUGAGAUCUGAGCUGUUGAAUGGCCGUUUGUGACCUUGACAACAUCUGCGUUUUGUUUCUGUGUUAACCCUGCUGCCUUUGUGUUAUCUGUGGCAGCUAAAUUAAAGGAGUGCUCCGAUCAUCUCCCACACAUCUUGCCCCUCGCCACACGUGCUGGAAACCCGAGCAGUCAGCUUGCUCAUUCCACUGUUUGUCUCUCCGCCCACAAGCACCCUAUUAAAAACAAUGGCCUGAAGCCACACAACAUCUGCUGUAUGAAAGAUUGUGAUUUAAUUGGCAAAACAGGGCUCUUGUGGGUUAUGCUGUACUUCAGGCAAGCGAUGUACAUGUGAUGGGGCAAACUUCUCCCUACAAUAACUCACAUCAAUGGGACUCACUUUAUAUGUGAAGCAGAUACAAUUAACAGAAAAAUGAACCAGAAGUAUGGGCUUCUCAGUGCUCCUUAUGAAAAACUGGAGCCUGCAUUUCUCAAUCUGGACAACAGGUGGACAAAGGUGUGGACUAUCAUAGACAACAACAGAGUGCAGCACCAAGCAUGGGGCCCCUCGAUGCUUGGGUCUGUACGGAAAGUCAAAAUUUUAACCUUCCUUUUUGGGCUUAUUGUCACCAUUUUCAUCAUGGCUUCCUACAUCUUGACGAGAGACCAAAAGGGGCUCUUUCUAACUCCAUCACCAUUUCAAAUCACAGUAUUGUCUCAACCAACACAUAUGGCCCUUGAUAUGUCCACAGUUACAGACUACACUGUUGUGAGAGAGGUUGUGCGAAGCAUUGUGGCCAAAGUGGAUUUUAGCCGUAAAAGGGUGCCUGACCUUGGAGAACUUAGAGAGAAAGAGCCACAGAUAUUUUCUGCAAUUCCUCACAAAUUUCUUCCCUAUCUCAAGAAUCCUUGCUGGUAUGAAGAAUUUUUUGGGAAUAUUACAGAAGAUCCCUAUGGGAAAAACAUGUAUGCUCUAUAUUCAAAGCGCUUUCAAGCUAUUUAUGACCACCUGCGCAGAGCUUUUCCGAUUCACCUUCACCAGCAUGCCGGGAGACGUUACCGCCUGCGUUGCCUACCUUUUUUUUACAUUAUCGGCCAGCCCAAGUGUGGGACCACGGAUCUCUACGACCGGUUACGGCUACAUCCUGAGGUCCAUUUCACCACUAUGAAAGAACCACACUGGUGGACGAGAAAGAGGUUUGGUAUCAUCAGGUUGAGUAAUGGUUUUCAUAACCCAUACCCACUGAAAGAUUACCUAGAUCUCUUUGACCAAGCAGCCAAUCAGAUUCAGGAUCUCUUGAUUAGCAACUCCUCGAAAAGCCCCACAGAAGUUAACAUCAUAAUUGGUGAAGCGAGUGCAUCCACUAUGUGGGACAACAAUGCUUGGGUUUAUUUUUAUGACAACGGUACAGGGGUGGAGCCUCCUUUUUUGGUGCAAGACUUCAUUCAUGCUGUCCAACCAGAUGCCAGAUUCAUUGUGAUGCUCAGAGACCCAGUAGAGAGCAGACUUUACUCAGACUAUUUAUACUUUGGCAUGACCAAUAAAUCUGUGGAGGAUUUUCAUGAGCGAGUAUCAGAGUCGCUGCAGCUGUUUGAGGCUUGCUUGGCUGAGAGUUCCAUCCGUUCCUGCAUUUACAACACCACUCUCAACAACUUGAUGCCAGUGAGGCUUCAGGUUGGACUGUAUGUCAUGUACCUGCUGGACUGGCUGAGUGUUUUCAAUAGGGAGCAAAUUCUCAUCCUACGAUUGGAGGAUCAUGCUGCCAACCGGAAAAACACCAUGCGGAGAGUCUUUGACUUUCUACAGUUGGGACCUCUUACUCUGCAGAAGGAAGCAGACAUCACUAAGAGCCCCGCCUCCAACACCAGAAGACCAGCCAAUCGUAAUCUCGGCCCAAUGUUGCCUAUAACCAAGGAGAUCCUGCAAAGCUUCUACAGGCCUUUUAACCAGCGUCUUGCUCAGGUGGUCAGGGACCCUGCAUUUCUGUGGACGUAGCCCUGAGGAACAAGGAUUGAACAGACAUAAUGUACAUUGUGACAGACAAAAGAGGCUCAAAUUCUUAGACUUGUUCUUAGAUUUUUAGGCCUGAGCUGGGUGGCUGGUAUCACCUUUGGACAUUUGUAUGUAUUUUUUUGUCUAAGUCAAUUAUUUAAUGUAAAUUUGUUUUUUUUUUGUUUUUUUGGUUAUCCGGUGCUGGACACUUUAAUCAAUGCACUUUGAUUCUAUGAACGUAUUUUUGUCACUAUGACCAUUGAGACAAUGAUGUCUGAAAGUGAGACAUGGACUACUAUUCUAAUAUGACAAUUUAAAGAUUGCUCUUUGUUUGCCAGCUUCUAUGGCUUUUUUCAUGGCAAAAUCCAGGCUAAAAUAUAAUAUGUAAAACAACUAAAAACCGGUACGUUAGAUGUUUAAGAUCCAGUUUUAAUAAAAAAAAUAAAAUAAAAAAAAA